AUGGACCUGGAAUUACCAGAUGUACAAGCUGGGUUCCGCAGAGGACGAGGCACAAGAGAUCAACUUGCCAAUGUACGAUGGAUAAUUAAGAAUGCCAGAGAGUUCCAGAAAAACAUCUACUUUUGCUUCAUAGACUAUUCUAAAGCCUUUGACUGUGUGGAUCACAACAACAUGUGGCAAGUUCUUAAAGAGAUGGGAGUACCAGAUCAUCUCAUCCGCCUCCUGAGGAAUCUGCAUGUGGACCAUGAAGCCACAGUCAGAACCAAACAUGGGACAACAGAAUGGUUCAAGGAGUGCGACAAGGUUGUAUAUAGUCACCUGAGUAAGGCUGAGCUGGAUGAAUCCAAAGCUGGAAUCAAUAUUGCUGGAAGAAAUAUCAACAACCUCAGAUACGCGGAUGAUACUACUCUUAUGGCUGAAAGUGAGGAAGAACUAAAGGACCUGUUGAUGAGGGUAAAGAAGAGAGUGCAAAAGCUGGCUUGCUGCCUAAUGUUAAAAAGACUAAGAUCAUGGUCAAACAGCAAUCUUAGUUCCUGGCAAAUAGAUGGGGAAGAAGUGGAGGCAGUGACAGAUUUUAUUUUCCUGGGAUCCAUGAUCUCCUAA